AUGCGGGCUCGUCGCUCCCUCGUCCCACUGGCAGCCGUUGUCGUGCUAGCCACUCGUCCUCAACUCAGCUUGGCCCAUGAGCACCAUCAUGAUGGCCCCGCAGAUCCGUCAAUCCCAAUCGACUCAAUCCUCAAGCUCCACAUCCUCUUUCAAGCCGUUGUCUGGACUAUUCUUUUCCCGACCACAAUGGUCUUGGGCCUGAUACGCCAUCGUCUUCACGUUCCCCUGGCCACCGUUUCACUUGCUCUGACCACCGCAGGCUACUUCUUUGGGCAUGGCCACGGCGGCCGCUCCUUCCCGCAUACAGCGCAUGGUACCGUCGCGAGCUUGCUUGUCUUCUACCUCUUUGCACAGAUGGCCUUGGGAAUGUACCUGAAGCUACACUUGAGCUGGAAGGCCGAGGGACGAAUUCGCCCAGUUGUGCUGGGGUUGCACGGCCUUUUGGGAAAGACGUUCCCAAUCUUGGGCUGGGUGCAGAUGGUGCUCGGCAUCGCCACGCUUCAAUCGUGGUGCUUCGGGGGGCACUUGGGGCAAUGCCUCGCCCACUACAUAAUGGGAUCGAGCUUUGUCGCCUACUCGGUCAUUCUGCUCAUCAUGCUCAAGGCUGGCGCAGGAUGGCUUGCACGACGUGGUCGUUCUCAGGAGUGGUUUGAUAGCUGGGUCAUCUGCCUGUGGGGGCUGGUCAACUCCUUCACUGAGCAUCACGGCGGGCCGUGGACGCACAAAGACCUGCAACACACGCUUCUUGGCGUGGUGUGGUUCUUUGGUGGAGCUGCAGGCAUCUGGACCUCGAGGGGUGGCAAGCGUAGCAUCUUCCCGGGCAUCAUCAUUGGGAUCACAGGCUGGGCGAUGUCCGGCCAUGCUCAAGCGCUCAUGCUAUCCACGAUGGUGCACGGUCUUUUUGGCUACGCAUUGAUGGCGGCUGGCGUCGCACGAGUCAUCGAAGUCUGCUUUGUGCUCAACGACCGCCCGACUGGAGAGAGCGAUACGAGUCCAGACCCUACCUCAUCCGAUGAGCUGACAGGCCGCUCAGACUGGUCGCCUGUCCGAGCCUUCCAGCUCCUCCCUCCCUGGCUCCUUACGGCCGCCGGUAUCCUCUUCAUGUCGGCAACGGACGAGGAGCUACGCUGGGCCGACGGCAAUGGCAUUGAUCACAUCACAUGGGGCCUCAUUGACUUUUCCAUCGCGUUCUUCCUCUUUGUCUGGUUCAAUAUUCUCCUGGACCUCUACACGACUUCGGGCGGGAGAUACGGCGCUCGUGUGUCGGCGAGAAGUACGACGGAAUCUGGGCCGUGGUACAGCAGGCUAGGCCAGGAAGGAGGAGGCGGAAUACGCAACGGCGGCGCGAAUGGGCCGCGCGCUGAUAAAGGCGGGUACGGCGAUCAUGGUAGCGAGGAGGAAAGCAGCAUAGAGGCGGAAAGCCACGUCCUCUUCGACGAGGGUGACUUGGACGCAGAGGAGAUUGACCCCUUUGACGACGAGAGACUGCAGUCCAGGCAGGCCAAGGUGCGGGGUUCAUGA